AUGGAUGCCAUUGAGCCACAGCGGCAAGGCUUGUUUGCCACCUGCAGCUUCGCUGUCGUUCGCUCGGCCGCGUUGUCGGACAAGGACGCAGAGUCGUUGGCCAGCGAACUGAAACUACACGGCGGCGAAGUAGUUAUUGACAACUACCCUGAAAGCAGCCUGGACCUACGUGGCAUCACCCACAUUGUCGCGACUACGUACGACUUCCCCGACUACAAUGCUUGCUGCGACGCCCUUAUUCCCGUCAUCAAGCCUACCUGGGUGUCACAUUCACUUGCGAAGGACAAGUUGCUCAACCCUCGUCAAUACAACCCCGAUCCACGUUUCUUCAUGUCCGAUGUUGUGGCUUGCGUCGCCGACCUCCCGCAGGGCGAUUCUGAUGCCAUUGCGGGAGGGAUCCUCGCCAUGGGGGGUCUAUUUUCGACAAAACUUACGAGUCAGGUGACUCACAUAAUCUCCCUUUCUACAGACUCCGAAUCUUGCCUCUUCGCUCAGAGAAAGAAGCUGAAAGUAAAGAUGGUAUUACCUCAUUGGGUGGAUGACUGCUUGAAGCUGGGGAGAAAGAUUGACGAGCAGCCAUAUAUGCUUCCAGAUCCGGACAUCUUAAAACCCUCUAUGGAGAAAGCCCCCAGUGGAAGGUUGAAAACACAGGUAGAGGGUGCUUCUGACCCUGAUCCGUCUCGACAGAAGCCAAAACCAGACCAGCCUCGUAAGCUACAAAAGGUUUUCAAGAAGAAGACCGUCAUGCUUGCUGGGGACCUUGGCAUUUCACAGUACUUGCGUGGGAUUCUGCACGGGAUGAUCGAAGUCAGCGGAGGCAAGUUGACGGAAUCUGUGACGGAAGCCGACAUGUAUAUCUGCAAAUAUCGUGAAGGCAAAGACUACAAGAUUGCUUCAAGAGCAGGAAAAGACGUGGGUAACUUGGCCUGGCUCUACUUCCUCAUUCAGACAGAUGAAUGGACUUCUCCUUUGCGGCGCUUAUUGCACUACCCAGUAGCGCGAAAUGGACUCCCUGGCUUUUCGUCCCUGAAGAUCAGUCUGUCAAACUACAGCGGCGAAGCGAGGACUUACCUAGAAAAUUUGAUCAACGCAACUGGCGCAGUAUCAACGAAGACUCUGAGACAGGACAACACCCAUCUGGUUACUGCACAUGUCAUGAGCGAGAAAUGUGCGGCCGCAAAAGACUGGGGAAUCCAUAUUGUCAACCAUCUCUGGCUAGAAGAGAGUUACACCCGUUGGAAAAUGCAAAGCAUCACUGACGGGAGAUACACUCAUUUCCCGAAGCGUACCAACUUGGGUGAUGUCGUGGGCCACAUCCAGUUGGAUCGCAGUGUCCUCGAACAAUUCUUCCUCCCCGACGACACCACAGACACACUGGACGCCCCGGCGGAACCAGAUCCAAUGCGACAAGUGAAUCACAACACCGUCUCUGCAAGAGGUGCCAACCAGACGAAGAAACCCAAUCGGAGGCCAACAAGCAAAGAUGCGCCAGCCGCACAGCUACUAACUCCAGCACCAGCAAAAGUAAUACCGACAGGGAAGGAAAACGUCACUCCCUCAACGGGUCACAGUCGAAAAUCAAAAGAAGUUGCGUCGGCGCGUCUACAUGAUAUGACACCAGAUAUACUCCUGUACGAGAAAGAACGCAAGCGAGUCGGAGGUGUUGUCUAUGGUGGCCGACGGAAGGGGCAUGACGAGCAAAGUGAAGUCGGUCGGAAGCGUUCUAAACAACUUCGAACUCUUGGAAUAAUAUGCACCACAGAUCCUACCAGAGCAACUCAUCUAGCAGCUCCAUACAUCGUUCGUACACAAAAGUUUGUGACGGCGCUAGCUUAUGCUCCGCUGGUCAUAUCUACCGACUUCAUCGAUGCUUGUCUCAAGGAAAACAAGGUGCCAGAUCCGGAGGCUUUCAAGCUGCAAGACACAGAGAAUGAGAAACGACUGGGGCUGACCCUCAAAAGCUCUCGGGAGCGGGCGCAGAACAACCACAACCAGCUUCUUCACGGCCGGAGCAUAUACUGCAUGGAAAACGUACGUGGUGGAUUUGAGACGUUCAAAUCCAUUGUCGAAGCCAAUGGGGGCCGGUGUAUGCUGUGGAGAAAUCGAAAAGGGCAGAAGGUGUCGUCAGGUCGAACAGAGAGCGAAGCCGGCCUGGACACUGACGCGAACGAUGACGUCUAUCUAUUGACCGAUGAGCGUAACGAGAACAAGCCUCUGAUAUGCCGAUUCAAGGAAAUGGCUGAAGGAAGUCAAAAAUCCGCGCGGAUUGUUCUAACGGACUGGCUCCUCGAGACUGCCAUGUCCCAGCAAAUCCUACCGACACAGCGAUACGAGGUGUAG